UUCCAUAGAGUCAGUGCGAGUCACCAGCUGCCAAACAGAGUCCACUACUCACACUUGUUUGACUUUCAAGGAAAAUACUCCAGCCGCGAGACAGCCUCUGGAAAAGCUCGUGGAGAAGACGCACACUAGAUUUUUCAGAACAGAGCCCUGAAGACACGCUCACACAAGGCAGUCUACUGUAGUCCGACCCCGAAAGCAUCACUGCUGCCAUGCACAGGCUCAUUUCCAUUGCCCUGCUAUUCCUGGGUGCCAGUUUGGCUGCUUCCCUCUUCUUUCCUGACUACCUGGAGCUGAGGCAGAUAAUGCAGCGCUACCAGGACGAGCUGGAGCCCAACAGCACAAAAGCCGAUGCGCCUUUACGCACUCGCAGAGCCAUCGGGUGGUCGGACAGGGAGGAGAUCCUGCAACUGCACAACAAGCUGAGAGGAGAGGUGUACCCGACCGCCUCCAACAUGGAGUACAUGGUUUGGGACGAUGAAUUGGAGAAGUCAGCAACCUACUGGGCAGAACAGUGCCAGUGGGAACAUGGACCUAAAGAUCUACUGAUGUCCAUCGGGCAGAACCUAGCCGUGCACUGGGGAAGGUACCGCUCUCCGGCCUACCAUGUGCAGGCCUGGUACGAUGAGGUGAAGGACUACACCUACCCUUACCCACAUGAGUGCAACCCCUGGUGCCCUGAGCGCUGCUCUGGACCCAUGUGCACCCACUACACACAACUGGUCUGGGCCACAACCAACCGUGUUGGCUGUGCUGUACACAUGUGUCCGCGUAUGAACGUAUGGGGAGAAAUCUGGGAGAACGCCAUCUAUCUCGUCUGCAACUACUCACCCAAGGGAAACUGGAUCGGGGAAGCCCCGUACCAACACGGCCGCCCCUGUUCCCAGUGCCCACCAAGCUAUGGAGGAAGCUGCAGAGACAACCUCUGCUACAAGGGAGACCCUGAACGUCAUGAGCCUCCAGAUAUGAAUGAGGUGGAGAAGCCGCAGGAGCCAGUACAGCCUCGGACGACUCCAACUAAGCCUAAGCCCAAACCCUCUUCCCCAAAAAAACCUGCAAAUGCCAAUCCUUCCUCAACCAAGACUACAAGAACAACCUAUCUAGCACAAAAUAUUAAGUGUGAGACAAGAAUGAGGGACAAAUGUAAAGGAGCGACCUGCAACAGGUACAACUGCCCAGCAAACUGCUUAAAUAAGAAGGGGAAAGUGUGGGGAACAUUGUAUUAUGAUGUUCAAUCAAGUAUUUGCCGUGCUGCUAUCCACUAUGGAAUAAUUGACAACAAUGGAGGCCUUGUGGAUGUCACAAGAAAAGACAACUUCCCAUUCUUUGUAAAGGCAACCAAGAAUGGCGUAGAGUCAUUCAGUAAAUACAAACCUGGCAAUGCAUUUACAGUGUCGAGAGUGGAAGAGCAAACAAUAGACUGCUACACGACAGUGGCUGAGAUUUGUCCCUUCAAGGCGUCUGCCUCUCAUUGUCCAAGAGUCUUCUGCCCAGCUAACUGCAUAAACGAACCUUCAUAUUGGGCUCCAGUGGUCGGCACCAACAUUUACGGUGAUGGCUCCAGUAUCUGCCGAGCAGCUCUCCACGCUGGAGUGAUCAAAGCCAGCGGCGGCUAUGUGGACCUCCUGGCUCUGGAUAAGAGGAAAAGCUACACCGGGACCUUGAAGAAUGGCAUCCAGUCCGAGAGUAAAAGCAAUACAGAAGGCGGUUCGUUCCGUGUCUUCGCUGUUAGAGAGUGAGACGGCACUGACGACACACAAAAGAUCACCGAUUUGCUCUCAAAAGUCAGGACAUAUCAAAGGAAAUGCAACACUUCGGACUCUGUCUUUGGGAGGAAAGAGACAUUUACAGAAGACCAAAGGAUCUGUCAAAGUCUGCUAGCUCAAUCCAUGGGCUUCCAGGGGUUUUAUAUGCAAUUGUGAACAACAUUUUUAAGCACACAUGCAACUCUUAACAAAAUGCAGUGUGGUAGAAAUGGUAUUUUAACAGCGGUGCUGGUUUUAAUCGUUGUUUUUUUUGUUUUUUUUUUAAAUCAAUGAAGUCAGUUUAUUUUUUGAUUAUAUUCUAUUAGUUUUAAAUACAUGCAAAAUCGCUAAUUUCCAUACAAAAUGCAUAUUGAUUACACUGUAUUUAAUCUGUACAGAUAUUUUGUCGAUUUGUCAGACUUGUUGUGUUUCGCAUUUUUUUGCUUUAUUUCAUUAAUCAUUUUUGAAGCCGGAGCUGGAAAAGAGGUCAACUUAUUUGCUUCAAGAAUUAUUUUUCCCAUUCAGUUUAUCCAUAGUGAAAAAUAUCCAACCAUCUCCAAGAUGAAUCACCAAAUUACAAACCUAUUAUGAAAAUAUAAUUCCGAGCUCAGAGCUCAUGGUACGUCUGUCUCAAAAGUUUAUGCUUUAUUGUUAAAAUCAACUUCUUUAUGACGAAAAUGAGUGCGGAUUUUAACUUCGGGAAACUUUUGCGCUCUAUUGCAAUAGUAGUUGAGUGUGUACAGAGCAGUAGGGGGGAUUUAUUGGACCUGAAGUGGGCAAACAGAUGCUUCACAGAGAAAUGGCAAAGAAAAAGAGGCAAAACUCCAAGCAAAAGAAACCUUCCCUUCAUAAUGCAUGCAAGCCUUCCAGAGUCAACACUACUCAGACAUUAUGGUAAAGGUGUAAAAACAUUGCAACAAUGUUCAAUCCCAGGAGAAUUCAGUCACAGAGUGCAUGUUUAGGCUCAUCUUUCAUCAUGGUACCUUCAUUUAUGUUAUUUAUUAUUAUGCUUCCUUCAACUCCUGCUCAGAGCUGCAAAUUCUGUGGAACAGAACCAAAUAUUUAUGAAUGUGACACAUGAUAUAUGCCCACUUGAGACUGAAACGUCUGUCAGAGUCUAACAUGUUCCCAUUUGGUUAAAUGCUAUACAAAACCCAGAGUUAAUCAUUACUGCCAAAAGCAAUUUCAUUAGAACUUUAACUUUAUUUUUUAUUUCGCACGGAAUGAAACCCAAGUGCACAGUGCCGACCAAACACCGAUUUUUAAAAAUCACAUUAUACUGCAAUGUAAUAGAAACGUACUUAAGCUGAAAGUCAUGCCUCUGUGAAGAAAGUAUGUCAACUUCUUAUCUUAAUGCAUAUUUCUUAGUGUUUAUAGAGUCCCGGAUUUAGAUAAAACGUGGAUGUUCUUCUAUGAAAUAAGGGCCGUUGAGGACAAUAAUCCCUUUGAAGGCUUCUGUGUUGCUGCGUUUUACUUUUCACGUACUUUUAUUUUCUUUGUAACUUUCUUGAAGUGUUACCUCAGUCCUGUUGCAGCAAUAUAUUUGAGUAUUAAUGUCUUUAGGGAAAUAAUAAAUGUUUGUACAGUACAACGGUUUGUGUAAAUAUUCAGAUUUGUGC